AUGUUAUCAAUCCCGGAUACUCCCCGUGAGGAUUUCUUGCAUCGCUUUUCUCUUCUUAGUUUCUUCUGCUGGGAAAUUUGGAAAACUCGAUGUGACUUUGUUUUUAAAGGCACCAAUCCCGACCCAAGGCUGGUUAAUAUUAAGCGGGCCAAUGACUCUUACAGAGAAUUCUGGGAAGCCAACACCUGUUUCUCUAGGCUUUCUGGUUCAAGAACUUCCCCCUCCUCCCCUUAUGUUGGCAGAGACAGAUGGCUCCCUCCACAUGCUAAUGCAAUCAAAGUUAUUUUUUAUGGGGCCUGGUCUCCUAGUACUUCUCAUGGCGGUAUUGGGGUUAUUGCUCGUGAUGAUUGUGGUACAUGGAGGGGUGGAACCGCUUCUCCAAUCUCCUGUAAUUCUGCUCUUGUUGCAGAAGCUGCUGCUGCGCUCUAUGCAGUCUCUUAUGCAAUCACUAGAGAUUUCUCCAAGGUGUUGUUUGAAUCUGACUGCAAAGUUUUUGUGGAUAGUAUUCUUGGGAAUCACGGAAACUACGCUUGGACUAUCCUUCCAAUUCUUGACGAAAUUUGUAGUCUUUCUCAACAUUUCGAUGAGGUGCGGUGGAAGUGGGUGCCAAGAUCAGCAAAUCGUGCCGCUCACAAGUCUGCGACCAUAGGUUUAAGAGCUAUGGAACUGCAAAGUUGGGUCAUUCGACCACCAUUGUCUCUUGUUGGGGUCCUGAAUUCUGAUGGUUUGCCUUGUCCCCCAGUUGGGUCAUCUCUCUUGAACUAG